AUGGCCAAAAAACUCUUCCUCCUCCCUCUCUUCACCACUCUGGCCGCGGCCAAGAAUACCGUGACAUCCAUGGUUAUUCCCGACUUUGACGCGCCUACCAUGGUCGCCUCGAUUAUGGGGAAUGACGCAACAGCCACAACAUACAGCCUAACCUGCUCUCCCCUCCCGGAAGGCGACGACUGCGGAAUGGGGCCCGGCCUGACCAUGGUGGCUCAGGCGACGACGACUUCGGUUUUUCUCGAUGAGGACGAGGAGGAUUUCCACUUCACCAUCCUCUGCUCAGUCGGGGGAACCACCUCUGCUGUCUGCACCGAGACAGCCAAGGGAAACGGUGCCAAUAACCCCGGCGAAAAGCAUGUGUCGACAUACAGCGGCUCGAAUCUGCCUCUUGUGCCGGUUACUAUCACGGCUGGGUCAGUUACUAGUGCUGCUGAGGGGUCUGAUGCUACUUCUACUGCUUCUACUGCGACUGCUACUUCUGCGGAGAGCACGUCGACGGAGAGCUCUGCCAGUGGUGGCUCUACCUCGACGAGCGCGAGUACCGGGGGUAUGCCGCAGAUGACUGGGGAUGUCAAGGCUCUCUUUGGCGGCGCUGCGGUGGCUAUUGCUGCUGCUUUUAUUUAA